GGCGUUGUAUGCGCCGAUAAAACUUAAAGAAGAAGAAUAUUUGACACUACAGCUGGCCCUUUUGCCUGAAAACAACGACAGAAAAUGAAAAUAUCACAAAUAUUAGUUUGAAUUUGUUAUAUUUUAACGUUUUCAUCUCCAGGGUGACUAUCUGAAGUUGUAAACCAUGGAGCCGACAGCGCCCAAAAGCAAGCUGAAGAAACUGAGUGAAGACAGUCUCACAAAACAACCAGAGGAGGUUUUUGAUGUUCUGGAAAAACUUGGUGAAGGGUCCUAUGGCAGUGUGUUUAAAGCCAUCCAUAAGGAGUCGGGCCAGGUGGUGGCUAUCAAACAGGUGCCUGUUGAGUCAGACCUCCAGGAGAUCAUCAAGGAGAUAUCCAUCAUGCAGCAGUGUGACAGUCCCUAUGUGGUGAAGUACUAUGGCAGCUACUUUAAGAACACAGACCUGUGGAUAGUGAUGGAGUACUGUGGAGCUGGCUCUGUUUCAGACAUCAUCAGACUACGCAAUAAGACGCUCACAGAGGAUGAGAUCGCCACCAUCCUCAAGUCCACAUUGAAAGGUCUGGAGUAUCUGCAUUUCAUGAGGAAGAUCCACAGAGACAUAAAAGCAGGCAACAUUCUCCUCAACACAGAGGGCCAUGCCAAACUGGCUGACUUUGGAGUAGCGGGACAACUCACGGACACGAUGGCAAAGCGGAACACGGUGAUCGGGACUCCGUUCUGGAUGGCUCCAGAGGUCAUCCAGGAGAUCGGAUAUAACUGUGUGGCAGACAUCUGGUCCCUGGGCAUCACCUCUAUAGAGAUGGCUGAGGGCAAACCUCCCUACGCUGAUAUCCAUCCCAUGAGGGCUAUUUUCAUGAUCCCCACCAACCCACCACCGACGUUCAGGAAGCCUGAGUUAUGGACAGACGACUUCACACACUUUGUAAAGAAAUGUCUGGUGAAGAACCCAGAACAGAGAGCUACAGCCACGCAGCUACUACAGCAUCCCUUCAUCACGGCAGCCAAGCCAGUCAUCAUCCUGAGAGACCUGAUCACUGAGUCCAUGGAGAUGAAGGCUAAGAGACAACAGGAGCAGCAGAGAGAGCUGGAGGAAGAGGACGACUCUGAAGAGGAGGUGGAAGUGGACUCCCACACCAUGGUGAAGUCUGGACCAGAGGGAGCUGGGACCAUGAGAGCUACCAGCACCAUGAGUGACGGGGCUCAGACCAUGAUCAAACACGGCAGUACCAUGUUAGAGGCAGACCUGGGAACCAUGGUCAUCAACAGUGAUGAGGAGGAGGAGGAGAACGACGAAGGCUCCAUGAGGAGAUACCCCACCCCCCAGCAGGCCCUGAGACCCUCCUUCAUGGACUACUUUGACAAGCAGGACUCUAAUAAGGUCCAACAGGAGAGCUAUAACCAUAACCAGCAGCAGGAACCAGCCUAUCACAUCAGCCAGGCUAAGAACGUCUUCCCUGACAACUGGAAGGUUCCUCAGGACGGAGACUUUGACUUUCUGAAGAACCUUGACUUUGAGGAGCUGCAGCUCCGUCUGACGGCUCUGGACCCCAUGAUGGAGCGAGAGAUCGAGGAGCUGCGUCGGCGCUACACCGCCAAGAGACAACCCAUCCUCGACGCAAUGGACGCCAAGAAACGCAGACAGCAGAACUUCUGAAGAGCAUGACCUGAGGAUCACAUUCUGACCUGGGCCCGUGUUCAUACAGUGCUGAUCUGGGCUUAAGGUUGUCCACUUUCCAUGUAAUCUCAUUCCUUACGAUCUGAAAGACAGAACUGAUCCUAGAUCAGCACUCUGGCAGCAGAACUGCUGAGGAAGGCAUUCUGACCUGGUGCUUUCUGUUAAGACCUGACCAAGGGAGAGGAGAGACCUGACACCUGUCUGGAAUUUUAUUCACCCUGUGCUCCUAAAAUGUCCUCCAUUUUUGUCUCUCAUCACCACCCCGGUAGUCAGUGUGACCUGGAGUUAUUCUAUCUUCCCAUGGCUCUGCUGGGCCUCAGGACUAUUUUAAACAAUUAUUGUUAAUUAUGAACCUGUAGGUAACCUUAUACCCCUCUGUUAAUGAUGAACCUGUAGGUAACCUUAUACCCCUCUGUUAAUUAUGAACCUGUAGGUAACCUUAUACCCCUCUGUUAAUGAUGAACCUGUAGGUAGGUAACCUUAUACCCCUCUGUUAAUGAUGAACCUGUAGGUAGGUAACCUUAUACCCCUCUGUUAAUGAUGAACCUGUAGGUAGGUAACCUUAUACCCCUCUGUUAAUUAUGAACCUGUAGGUAACCUUAUACCCCUCUGUUAAUUAUGAACCUGUAGGUAGGUAACCUUAUACCCCUCUGUUAAUUAUGAACCUGUAGGUAACCAUAUACCCCUCUGUUAAUUAUGAACCUGUAGGUAACCUUAUACCCCUCUGUUAAUGAUGAACCUGUAGGUAGGUAACCUUAUACCCCUCUGUUAAUGAUGAACCUGUAGGUAGGUAACCUUAUACCCCUCUGUUAAUUAUGAACCUGUAGGUAGGUAACCUUAUACCCCUCUGUUAAUUAUGAACCUGUAGGUAACCUUAUACCCCUCUGUUAAUGAUGAACCUGUAGGUAACCUUAUACCCCUCUGUUAAUGAUGAACCUGUAGGUAGGUAACCUUAUACCCCUCUGUUAAUGAUGAACCUGUAGGUAGGUAACCUUAUACCCCUCUGUUAAUGAUGAACCUGUAGGUAACCUUAUACCCCUCUGUUAAUUAUGAACCUGUAGGUAACCUUAUACCCCUCUGUUAAUGAUGAACCUGUAGGUAACCUUAUACCCCUCUGUUAAUUAUGAACCUGUAGGUAACCAUAUACCCCUCUGUUAAUGAUGAACCUGUAGGUAGGUAACCUUAUACCCCUCUGUUAAUGAUGAACCUGUAGGUAACCUUAUACCCCUCUGUUAAUUAUGAACCUGUAGGUAACCAUAUACCCCUCUGUUAAUGAUGAACCUGUAGGUAGGUAACCUUAUACCCCUCUGUUAAUGAUGAACCUGUAGGUAACCUUAUACCCCUCUGUUAAUUAUGAACCUGUAGGUAGGUAACCUUAUACCCCUCUGUUAAUGAUGAACCUGUAGGUAGGUAACCUUAUACCCCUCUGUUAAUUAUGAACCUGUAGGUAACCUUAUACCCCUCUGUUAAUGAUGAACCUGUAGGUAGGUAACCUUAUACCCCUCUGUUAAUGAUGAACCUGUAGGUAGGUAACCUUAUACCCCUCUGUUAAUGAUGAACCUGUAGGUAGGUAACCUUAUACCCCUCUGUUAAUUAUGAACCUGUAGGUAGGUAACCUUAUACCCCUCUGUUAAUUAUGAACCUGUAGGUAGGUAACCUUAUACCCCUCUGUUAAUGAUGAACCUGUAGGUAACCUUAUACCCCUCUGUUAAUUAUGAACCUGUAGGUAACCUUAUACCCCUCUGUUAAUUAUGAACCUGUAGGUAGGUAACCUUAUACCCCUCUGUUAAUGAUGAACCUGUAGGUAGGUAACCUUAUACCCCUCUGUUAAUGAUGAACCUGUAGGUAGGUAACCUUAUACCCCUCUGUUAAUGAUGAACCUGUAGGUAGGUAACCUUAUACCCCUCUGUUAAUGAUGAACCUGUAGGUAGGUAACCUUAUACCCCUCUGUUAAUGAUGAACCUGUAGGUAACCUUAUACCCCUCUGUUAAUGAUGAACCUGUAGGUAACCUUAUACCCCUCUGUUAAUUAUGAACCUGUAGGUAACCUUAUACCCCUCUGUUAAUGAUGAACCUGUAGGUAGGUAACCUUAUACCCCUCUGUUAAUGAUGAACCUGUAGGUAACCUUAUACCCCUCUGUUAAUGAUGAACCUGUAGGUAGGUAACCUUAUACCCCUCUGUUAAUUAUGAACCUGUAGGUAACCUUAUACCCCUCUGUUAAUGAUGAACCUGUAGGUAACCUUAUACCCCUCUGUUAAUUAUGAACCUGUAGGUAACCUUAUACCCCUCUGUUAAUUAUGAACCUGUAGGUAGGUAACCUUAUACCCCUCUGUUAAUUAUGAACCUGUAGGUAACCUUAUACCCCUCUGUUAAUGAUGAACCUGUAGGUAACCUUAUACCCCUCUGUUAAUUAUGAACCUGUAGGUAACCUUAUACCCCUCUGUUAAUUAUGAACCUGUAGGUAACCUUAUACCCCUCUGUUAAUUAUGAACCUGUAGGUAACCUUAUACCCCUCUGUUAAUGAUGAACCUGUAGGUAGGUAACCUUAUACCCCUCUGUUAAUGAUGAACCUGUAGGUAGGUAACCUUAUACCCCUCUGUUAAUUAUGAACCUGUAGGUAACCUUAUACCCCUCUGUUAAUGAUGAACCUGUAGGUAGGUAACCUUAUACCCCUCUGUUAAUUAUGAACCUGUAGGUAACCUUAUACCCCUCUGUUAAUUAUGAACCUGUAGGUAACCUUAUACCCCUCUGUUAAUGAUGAACCUGUAGGUAACCUUAUACCCCUCUGUUAAUGAUGAACCUGUAGGUAGGUAACCUUAUACCCCUCUGUUAAUGAUGAACCUGUAGGUAACCUUAUACCCCUCUGUUAAUGAUGAACCUGUAGGUAGGUAACCUUAUACCCCUCUGUUAAUGAUGAACCUGUAGGUAACCUUAUAUCCCAAAGUGUGAUUGAUUAACCAUAUUUCCUUAAAGAUACGUUUUUCCACUUCAAAGCAUCCUCUGAUUGAUCAAUACUGUGGGUUUAUUUGCCUCUUGGGAAAUGACCGGCGAUAUGGAAAUAAUGUUAAAGGAGCAUACAACAACGCAUUCUAAACUGCAGACGUUCUAGUUGACAGGAAAAGCUAGUUUAUGUUGUGAAGACGGGGAAGCUUCACCCUCCUGACGUCGGCGUCACUAAGAGGCGUGGUCGUCAACGAGAAAUGGCAGAUUGGGGGAAGCGGCCGAUGUCGAAAUGGCUCAGUCAUUUCCAGGUGAUAAAAUUCUACACUCAAUUUCAGUUUGUGAGAAAACAAUAAUGUUUGUGAGAAACCGUCUAAAUCGCUAUAAAAUAUAUUUUCAAUAACAUUUUUUUUUUUUUUUUUUUUUACGGCUGUUGAAAGUUGGACGAAACUGAAAGUGAAUUGUUAUCCGGGGUCCUUCGGACGUCCACCACCAUUGUCCAUGCUAUCCGGUAUCCUAGUACAGUCUAGCCAUAACGACAAUAGGUCCUGAGAAUGUAACUCUAACGUUACCCCAUUUGAAGUUGAACAUUUUAAAAUGUUCACGGUUAGGUAAGUGUUAUGGGUAGGGACAUUCCCUGAAACCCAGAUAACCACCAUGUUACAGGGAAAUGGGAUGCGGGGCAGGGGAUUGGAGUUGUUUGGAAUGCAGCCUAGAUGUUGCAGUUCACCUAGCUUCCACAUGGGUGGGGGACGUUCUACAUGUACCCUUGAAUAUAGCCCUACUAUUCUACACCAGUUGGUACAUUCCACUAUGGUCGUGGCAGCCCGCCUGGGGGAUGAUAGAGCGGUGCAUCGAUGGAAACCCUGUGGUGUGUAUUUGAUAUAUAUCAUGAUGUAAUACUGUAUAUAAUCCAGUUACAAAACAACUGUUGGAAGUUUGUCGGACUACCAAAGACUAACUUGAUGAGAAUAAAUGCCUUAAAAUAC